AUAGUUCAGAAUUGAAGAAUCGUGGGAUGGAAAUCGUACUUAAGCUAUGACUACUUCGUGGUCGGCCUACUCAGAAUGUCAGUGUUUCAUCAGUACUUGUUUUACGUUAAGCCUUAGAAAAAGGCAGUCCAAUUAUUUUUUUUAAUCAGUUUCCUUGUCUAUCGUCUAUUUAUGUCAGCAUUUCAUCAGUCCGCGGGUCACAUUAAGGACGUGAUGGCAACAGUAGGACAAGAAUACUUAUUAUUCCAGAGACAUUUAAAAUCUUCAAAACACUGUUUUGGCAUGCAUUUGUACUUACGGUCAGCACAUAAAGGAGCAAAACCUUUUCAUGACAUUCCAGGUCCAGUCAGAUUACCAUUGUGGGGAAACUUGCUUCAUUAUAAGCUGGGUGCUUUUGAUGGCAGAAAGUAUCACAAAGUUUUAGAACGUCUACAUGACCAGUAUGGGCCAAUUGUUAGAGAAACAAUAGGAUCCAGAACAGUUGUGCAUGUUUUUGAUCCAGAUGACAUAAAGGAGGUGUAUGCGAAUGAAGGGCACACCCCAUUUGUGGCGCCUUUAAUGGAGACAGCCCAGUUAUAUAGAAAGCAGAAAAACAUUUCACUGGGCUUAGGUAAUGUCAAUGGAGAGGAGUGGUACCGUUUACGAAGCUCCGUCCGUCACCUGAUGUUAAGGCCACAGGAAGUGCAUGUAUACUUUCCUGCUGUACAGGAAAUUGCAAAAGAUUUUGUCUCUCAUUUAGAAAAUAUCCUCCUUGUUGAUGGAAAAGUUGAAAAUCUAAGAGAUGAAGUAUCAAAAUGGGUUCAAGAGUCUGCUGGAGCAAUCUGUUUUGGAAGGAGACUAGGUUGCCUAUAUGGUGGGGAAAUGGAGAAAAUGGCACAGAAAAUAAUUGAUGCCAACAAAGAAGUGUUUCAGUUGUCAGCCAUUCUAAAAUUUUCACUGCCUAUGUACAAAUAUUUUCAUACUCCAAAGUGGAAGAGGAUAACAGAGGCAGAAAACUUUAUUUACAGGACAACAGAGAAAUAUGUUGAAGAAACCAUCAAUAAAGUGAAAACAUUACUUGAAAUGGAGAACAGAGUGGAAGAAAAAUAUCAAUUUAUUAUGCAAUUACUUUCAAAAGACACCCUGAGCAAAGAUGAUGUCAUAAUUGUCACAUUUUCUUUAUUUACUGAUGGACUGAGUACAACUGUUCCAGCUCUGUUGUAUAAUCUCUACUGCUUAGCAACAAAUCCUGAGGUACAAGACAAAGCAUAUAGUGAAAUCGAAUCAGUUCUCAAGGAAACUGAUGAAAUAACAGUUGAUGUUCUUAACAAAUUGCCUUACAUAAAAGCAAUUGUGAAAGAAACUUUCAGAUUUUAUCCAAUUGGGACUGAGGUAUCAAGAAUAAUUCAGAAGGAUCUCAUUCUGUCUGGUUAUCAUGUCCCAAAAGGUACACAUGUAGAUCUUACUCCAAAUGUACAUUUCCUGUCUGAGAAGUAUUUUAAGGAUGCAAGAAUAUAUCUCCCAGAUCGAUGGCUCAGAGGAAAUGGAAAUACAAGUUAUCAUCCUUACCUGCUGACUCCUUUUGGACAUGGUACAAGAACUUGUGCAGGUCGUCGGUUUGCUGAACAAGAUCUCUACCUAAUUUUAUUUUAUAUUCUACAAAAAUUCAAACUGGAGUAUCAGAGUAGUAGCAAACGGCUUGAGCAAGUGUUUGAAACCCUACUUUUUCCUGAUGGCUCAGUGGAUGUCAUCUUCAAACCAAGAAGUAAUUACGCUUGAACAUGUGUUAAAAAAAAAGUGAUCUUAUUUGUAUUCAGUACUUGUGAUGAUAAUUACUUACAUAAAACUGUGUGAAAGGAGAUGAGCAUAGUUAUGUUUCAAAACUUACAUUGCUGUAUGGUUUUCUUAUUAUUAAGAGCCACAGUCCUGCACAAUUGUCUAAAUGAUUAUGCUUUCACCAGCUGAUUGUUAAUUUAUUCCUCCUGCAUACCCAACUGCAACUGAAAGAUUGUUGACAUUCCACAUGAUGCUUUUACUUUGUGCUCUGACAUAACAUGUAAGUGGCAUUAAAAUGGUGAUCCUUGUGUGGUCAAAUAAUGAUGAUCGUGAGAUGUAUCACAGCGUGCAAUGUAACUAAUUUCUAAAGAACAAUAAUGUCUCACUUGACAAUGGCUACAAAGCCAAAAUUGCAAUAGAAGGAGUAAGAUAACAGUCAAAUGGUGAAAACAUCAGUUAGACGAUUACUGAUAUGUUAAUGCCAAGAUUGAUGUAUUAGUUAGAAUUCAUGUACCUCUUUGAAUAUUGUUCUGAAAUAAAUUGUGUAUUACUCAGAAUGGGGAAACAAUCCCCUUCAGAGGACAUCAACUGAUACUAACACAACUUAAAAAUAAAUUUUAUAAUUAGAUUCUUUUUACAUGUGUAAUUUUGCUGUCUUUCAAUGUAACACUCAUAAGUUUGGUAAGGGGUCGUGAUUAGUCCCAACUGUAAUUCGCAUCUUUUUUUAUUUUGGUCAUAUGUUACUUUGGCUAAGGAGGAGGCUAUUUUUGAAUAAAAUGUUAUGUACAUUCUGACCUGUAAUUAAGGACAUACAUAAAGAGUAGCAUUUUGAAGUUCACAUGGUAGAUCCACUACCAUCUAAAGCUGAUCUCUCUUGCUUAUGUAUCCUACAGCUGCAUUUUGUUCAUAAAAACAACUUCAAGUUGAAAUUAUGUAUGAAAAAAAUGCAAAACGUUUGAAGUAGGAUUUAGUAACAACUUAAUAAAUUUGACAUAAAAUGUGUCAAGUGCCAGGAGACAGCUUUGUUAUUGAAGAAAAAGAGCAAUUUAUAUGGUAGCAGAAGAUCAUAAAGGAGUUCCUAUAGGGGCUUUUACCCCAACAGUGGCAGUAUUUGGAACAGUGCAGUUUAUGAACAGUUCAUAUGUUCUUGUGCUGAAAUUGUGUCAGGAAUGGGCAAUGACAACUUUCAAAGUAACAGAACAGUUAGUCACAUAUCUUACGCAGUCUGGGAAGAAAUUCCCUCAGCACUUGAACCUCCAAAGCAAAGUAAUGGUUUUUAUACAUACAGAAGUAGAAGUAAAAUUUGAAACAGCCAAGAUCACUAUUGUACGGCCUUUAUUGUGAUGACCAGUUUCAGCAAACUACAUUGUCAUCAUCAGAUCUUUCGCACUAGAUUUCACUGAAUCUUCACUAAAUGCAUGUUAUAUCGUAUCAUAUCACUGAACGAUAUUUCAUGAACAUGAGAGCAACAGUAUAUCAACAAGUCAAGCAUAAAAUAACUAUUACAUAAAACAAAGUACAUAUUACACUGAUUAUAAAAGCUCAUGUUUGUACAUUACCAGAAUGAAUCUUCAUUCUGCUACUGUAUGAACCUGAGCUUGCAUCAUCAGUGCAAUUUGUAUGUUGUUUUGCAUAAUAGUUAUUUUAUGCUUGACUUGCUGAUAUACAGUUAUUCUCAUGUUCAUGAAAUAUUGUUCUGUGAUAUGAUACAAUGUAAGAUGCAUUUGGUCACAAUUCAGUGAAAUGUAGUGCAGAAGAUCUGAUGAUGGUAAGGUAGUUUGCGGAAACUGGUCAUCACAAAAGGCUGUACAGAAGCGAUUUUGGCUGUUUGAACUUGUACUUCUACUUACUGGCAAAAUGUUGCCAUUUCAUUUAAGUCUAGUUUCCCAUUUCACACAGAUGCUUACAUUUUAGGAAAAAGUGAGAAACUCAGUUACAAGUGACUAAAAAUGCAAGUUAAGGGUCAGAGAUAAUUCUUGUGGACUGGUAACCUUUUCACGUAAUUAUUUGUAACGACUCAUCUACAUGUAAGUCCUUCAGCAGAUUUGGUUUGGUUGUACAUUUACUUGCUUGUA